AUGUCUACCGCCAGAAACCUAGCAUGGUAUGACGACGACGGCGAACCAUCCAGCCAUAACCCCUUCAAAAAGUUCCGGGCGCGUCCUCGCCGCUCGAACUCCAUCCAGCUCGAAAGCAGACUCAUUCCGGUCCGCACCGCCGGCGAUGUCCGACUAUCCGAGGAGCGCCGUCGUCGGAUAGACAUGACGGACGGUCUACACGGCCCCAACCAUGCCGACACAUAUCCCCCGCAGUCGGCGGGAACCGAUGGCAUCGGGGAGGUGGACAGCGUGGAGAAGACCGGACCGGAACCGUCGAUGCGGAGUAGCGAGCCCAUCAAUGUCUCGUACGGGGGAGACGGGACGGAUGUGGAUGAGGAUGGGAAGCCUCGCAAGCGACGGACCGCCACGAGCAAGUUGGGAGAAGACGAUAUGGACGGGUCGAGAGGUUCGUCGGACGAUCCGAAGGGUGUGGCUAACAAGCAGAAGUUCACGGCCGUCGGGCAGUUCAAGGCGACGGUGCUGAAUUCGUGGAUCAACAUUUUGCUUUUGGCGGCGCCGGCGGGAAUUGCGCUGAACUAUGCCCAUGUCGACCCGGUGGCUAUCUUCGUGGUCAACUUUGUCGCCAUCAUUCCGUUGGCAGCUAUGCUCAGCUAUGCGACUGAGGAGAUCGCCUUGCGAACCGGAGAAACAAUCGGUGGUCUCCUUAACGCCAGCUUUGGUAACGCCGUCGAACUGAUUGUUGCGAUCAUCGCCCUGGUCGAUCACCAGGUCAUCAUUGUGCAAACCUCCCUGAUCGGGAGUAUGCUGUCGAACCUUCUCCUCGUCAUGGGGAUGUGUUUCUUCUUCGGUGGCGUGAACCGUCUCGAGCAGCACUUCAACCCGGUAGUCGCUCAGACAGCCGCCAGUCUUCUCGCGCUGGCCGUGGCGAGUCUGAUCAUCCCUACUGCUUUUCACGAGUGGUCCGAAGCGGGUGACAUCGCCGUGGCACAAUUGUCUCGAGGAACCAGCGUCAUCCUCUUAGUCGUAUACGCCUGCUACCUCUUCUUCCAGCUGAAGUCCCACACAGAGAUCUACAACCGGCCCAGCCCGAAGGUCGAAAAACGUCGACAGAAGAUCGGCGGCGGCGACGCCAGCCGCGGCAUCGCGCAGAUCGGUAAAAUGACAGCGACGAUGGCGGGCCAGAACGCGCAGCAGAUGAAGCUGCAAGAUCCGGACGAGGAGCCCGAGGAGCCGCAGUUGAGUGUCUUUGUUGCGCUUCUGACGCUGACGAUCUCCACGGUGUUGGUGGCGCUGUGCGCUGAGUUCAUGGUCAAUUCUAUCGAUGCCAUCACCGAGCGAGGCGGAAUCUCCGAGACCUUCGUCGGGUUGAUUCUCCUGCCGAUCGUGGGCAAUGCGGCCGAGCACGCCACGGCCGUCACGGUGGCCUGCAAGGACAAAAUGGACCUGGCGAUCGGAGUCGCGGUGGGAUCGAGCAUGCAGAUUGCAUUGCUGGUGCUGCCGUUGAUUAUCGUAAUUGGGUGGGGUAAGGGAAUCGAUGAAAUGACUCUGUAUUUCGAUGCUUUCCAGGUUAUCCUACUCUUUGUCUCUGUUCUGUUGGUAAACUACCUCAUCGCGGACGGAAAAUCGCACUGGCUCGAAGGGAUUCUCCUAAUGAUGAUGUAUCUGAUAAUCGCCGUGGCAGCUUGGUACUAUCCCACCAAGGAGACAUACAAGACCGAGUGA